GAUGUCAGUUGAUGUCAGUCAGUCUCUGUUUUUAGUAGGUUUUUGCGUGUUUGCUUGCGUUUUCAUCAUUUUCGUAAAUAAUAGUGAUAAAUUUGAGCUAAUUGUGACAAAAAUUAAACCAUAAUGACUUCUACUGUGUCGGAUGAUAGAAAUGAAGAGCGUCGCCGCAGGGUUCUGUUGGGGCCACUGCCCACCGGUUUCCUGCGGACAGACGGGGCCACUGACACCGUGGACGCAGACUACCAGGCUGCUCUGGCGUUGCAGCAACAACUAUGUGGCUCUACGGUACCUCCUCCAGGUCCCCCGCUGACAGCAAGACUGAGCAUCACAAUAGCACAAGCGAAACUGGUCAAAAAUUAUGGCCUAACUCGAAUGGACCCGUACGUGCGCCUGCGCGUCGGCCACUGCAUCUACGAGACCCACACGGAUCCCAGCGGCGGGAAAACGCCCAGGUGGAACAAAGUCAUACAUUGUUUAUUACCUCCCGGCGUGAACUCAAUAUAUCUGGAGAUAUUUGACGAGUGCUCCUUCACCAUGGAUGAACUGAUAGCCUGGGCCCACAUCACCAUACCACCGGCUGUGUUGAACGGAGAAACUCAUGAAGACUGGUACCCACUGAACGGAAAACAAGGAGACGGUAUGGAGGGGAUGAUUAACCUUGUACUUAGCUAUUCGGUGGGCCCCGCGGCCGUGGCGACGUUCCAGCCGAUGCUGGUGGUGCCCAGCACGGGCAUGGGGUACGCCGCGAUGCCCGUGUACCCCGCGCACGCGCCCCAGCAGUACCCCCAACAGCCCCAACAGUACGCCCAACAGGCCCAACAGAACGCGCAACAACCGCCUCAGCCGCAGCCCAUCACGGAGGAGCAGUUGCAACAGAUCCAAGAAAUGUUCCCGAGCAUGGAGAAAGAAGUUAUCAAGUCAGUGUUGGAGGCGAACGGUGGUAACAAAGACGCCGCCAUCAAUUCGCUGCUACAAAUGUCGGAAUAAAGAGUAAUUUUCAUUAAAUUUUACAGUAUUGCCACUUCUUUAAGUUACACCUAUCGGUCUUUUCAGACUGUUGGCUCUGUUCACCCCGCAAGGGAUAUAGAUGUGAUUAUAUGUAUGUACGUAUAAGUUAUACCGAUGUAUCUUAGCAGAAGUCCAAUUUUUUUAUAACACUAUAUUCCAACUGAACUCUCCGGCAUUACGAGCGAGAUAGCACGAGACAUUUUGUUUUUGGACUUUGAAGCUUAAUGUGCUUGAAAUAAGGUCGUUUUUAUAUUGAGUUUUCAUUCGGUUUGAUUUGAAGGUAGGUUUCGCUAUUAUGCGCCGCACGAAGCGACUUUUAAAAGUGGUUGUACUGUACUUUUUAUACUUUGGCUUACUUUACUUCUGGUUCUAUAUACAAUACAAUGACCAUUUAUUGCACGCCAAUAAAUUACAGCAAAUUCACAAUCAUGUAUUAAAAACAUAGUAGCAAAAGGCGACCUUAUCAUUAAAAGCUAUACAUACAUAUAGUCUUUUACUUUAACCCGUGGCGCGUCCAAUUCCUGACUUGGAAACUUAUGAUUUCGUAGAGUUAGUAUUUGAGUCAGGGUUUGGGACGCGCCAUUGGUACUGAAUAAUAAAGGUGAAGUGACUUGAUAGACAAGUAAGUUCUUUUUUUAAUUCAAAAUCUUUUUUUUUAUCCAUUAUUAUGGAGCAUUUCGAACGUAACUUAAUAACUUACAGAAUUUUAUUGAAAACUAAAUACAAAAUAAAAUUUAAUGACAGAUUUCAUUAUUAUUUCUAUGUAAAAUUCCUUUUACAUUGACAUUUCAAGUAAUGACUGUACCUAAAGAAAUGGAACAGGACUAUAUGUACAUAAUAACAUCACGUCUGAUUCCCACAGGGGCAGGCAGAGACCAUUAAUUUCUACUUGACACUGCUGGUAGGUAAAUUAUACUCGCAGAAAUAUCGCAAGAAACAAUAGUUUAUUAGUACAAAAACUAUUUUAAUCACUGCAGUUUUCAGAUAAAUAAAAAUUAAUUCUAACAUUAUAACAAUAAGGUCGAGUAUUGUUUGGUCUACCAGCAGUCAGGAUAGACAACGCUUGAUAGCCUUAUUCUUGUCCAAAAAUAUGCUUGAAUGAAGAUAAUAUCUAAUAUUAGUAGAUAAAUUAAUAGUUUACACCACAGCCCUGUACAUUUAUGUACUCCACUGUACUAAUGUACAUUUUUAUGUAAAUUUGAGCGUACAGGGGUGUCUUAAAGACGUUGCCGAUGUCACACCCAUAUAAUAAUAGUCUUAAUUUUUCACAAAAAAAAAUUACUUGUUCAUUAAGGUUACUAUACUACAUACCGCUUCCAAAGCGUAGAAGCGGCGAUACGAACUACACUAGUAAGAAAUUGAAAUUUAAGCCUUAUAGUCGAGUCUUUAAGGAAGAAUUUUCAAUGGAUACAUAGUUUAUCACACCUAUCAAACAUUCCGUUGAAAUAAAAAGAUAUAGAUAAAAUACGAUGAUUUCAUAACUCAAAAUUUAUAGCUUACUAUUUCAUAUAACUUUAUAGUUGAGAUGCGAUAAUAGCAAAAUAAGUAGUAUGUAACAUGUAAGUUUUAAGACACAUUUUGCUGUAACAAGUAUUAAUUGAUAAUUGCUUUAUGUCCGACGCAAGAAUUUUAUUAUUCAUACAUAUUUUGUAUUAUAGACAUAAGAAAAUUUGACUUGGUGAAUACAAUAAACCAAAUAAUACAGGAUUUUUUUAAAAUCAUUGGCCAUACUGGAUCGCAACUGGCUUGAAUGAAACUGUCAGUCAAUUAAAAUUGGACAAUUAGCGAAUUCAGUAUGAAAAUUUGUAAUUUUAUUUGCUAUUUGCAAAGUUAUCACUUUUAUUUAUCACGCCAAGUCGAAUUUCUUCCGUAGUGUUGCACACGAAGUAUAGAAAUCAAGUAUAUAUUUAUAAUAGAAAAAUACUUAAUUUUAUUUUAUUGUCAGAUGAAUGUCUACAUAAUUUAUUUUGAAACUUAUUAAAAUUGUAAAUAAAAUCAACUUACUGAAUUUAGUAAUUAAAAUACUCUGAUUUUUCACUUAUUUUUCGUUUGCUCAAAACUUUUUUUCUUUUAUCUUAUUGGCAACACUGAAUGUAUGUUUAAUUAUACCGUUGUUAUUCCAUUAAGUGAUAUUACAUUAUAGGCUCCGUAGAGGAAUUGUUAUUGCAUAGAUUUUAUAUUGCAUUUACGUGGUAAGAAUUGCCUGAUUUUUACGUAACACGUCACGCUUAGAUGCAAAUUUUUAAUGGUGCAUAAAAUUUUGAUGUAUUAUUUCCCUUGUCAGAGAGUUCUACAAAUAAAUACCACAAGAAAAGGUAAAAUCAUAUCGAACACUCGCCAAUGUACAACCGCAUAUCAAGUAACCCUACAUGGAAUUAUAUGGAGCUGUAAUAGAGGGCGAAUUUGCAGUAGAUUGCGGUAGGUUGAUAUGCUGUUUAUUGUACUACUAGAUACGCCAUAAACGUACUAUGAACUUAGGUGUCCGAAACUAACAAAUUUGCCAGUACAGUCAAAUAUGCAUCUUAAAGUAUAAACACUAAAGCAGACACUGAGUAGUUUUAGAUUAAAUGAUUAUGUGCUUUAUUGAAAUACUUUAAGAUCCGUUUUAGAAAGGUCAAAAUAUUUAAAUUGGCAUCUCUCCUCUGUAAAAUCUUAUCUAAUAGUUGAUUGAAGGGAAUGUAUAUUAAUUAUGCACUCUAUGGAUGAUUUUAACUCUAUGGUCAGACUAUUUUUACCACUGGGUACCUACCAGCCGAAUGGUGUGGCCUUCCCUGUGGUAUUAAAAACAUUUGGCACUUAGACCAUAUGCUAGCAUUAGAUUUUAACAUUUUACUAACAUGACCAUACUCCUGAAUUGGGAGGUCAGGUUUUGUUAACCGCCUUCAAAAAAAAAAGAUGGUUCUCAGUUGGUUAGUCCUGUAUGUAGAUAUGUUUGUCCGCGAUUAUUUCGCGUUUCGCCUAAGUAACCAAUUUUGAUGCGGUUUUCAGGUAAGUGUUUGUUACACUUAGGAGGUUUUAGACAUUAACCGACUUCACAAAAGAAGGAUAUUAUUGAUGACGGUUCUCAUUUAAAAAAAGAUAUUCACUAAAGAUAACGCAUAACGGUUUACGCUUUGUGGUAGUAAAAAACUCGUUGGCAUAUCACUUUUAUUUAAUAAAAUUGCCAGUCACGCCCAAAUUUUCAAACGCCUCAAAUAUCAUGUCCCUUUGUCUGUUAAGAGAAAUAGCACACGCUUUUUUUAAAUAUUUUUAAGGCAAAUAACAUUAAACUUAUAAUGCGGUUUCAAAGUUAUAAUUUAAGCAAUUUUAAAUAUAUAAAGGAUUAUAUAAUUUGUUUGUACAUUAGAAAAUGCGAUGGAAAGAAAUAUACAAUUAUGUUAAACAGCUUAUCGGCUAAAUUUUGUGCCAAAUUAUUUGCCAUCGAUACGAUAUUCGCUUUUAUUAUUAUUGUUGUAUUUAUUUGUAAUUUUACAAAUGUAUAAAAUAAAUUAUUAUCUACUUAAA